AUGACUACUCUUACUUACACCACUGUCGAUACUAUCGAUCUAGACACCUUUUAUAACCAAUUCCCAAACUGCCUCAGAAUUUGGAUCCAUGAAAACAACCCUAAUACUGCUAAACCUACUCCAUCUAAU